CCAAAUUCCAAAUUCCAAACACAAAACACAAAACACAGAAGAAGCAUCUAGAGUCGCAAACCAGGACUCCUCGCUCCCCCUAUAUUACUUGAUCUCUGUCCCCUCCCGUCUCUCUCAUUUUCUUUCUCCGCUUUCUACUUUUACAUGCAUUCCCAACGCAGCGAACCUUCUUGUUUUCUUUCUCUCUUUCUCUUCUCCUCCCAUCAUUCUUGGAACUUCCAAGAUUCAAGCUAUCCGUUUUAGCAGAGCUUAGAGAUAGCUCCUCUUUUCUUGUCUGUGUUCAGCAACCGUGUGAGCUCAAGAAAAUCAAUGGCGAAAUACGGUGAAGGAGACAAACGCUGGAUCGUGGAAGAGAGACCAGACGGCACCAACGUCCACCAUUGGCACUGGUCCGAGACCAACUGCCUUGAAUGGUCUCGCAAUCUGUUAAGCAAUCUCCUCUCCGACCUUACCAUCAUGGAUGGCGAGGGAAACCUUUACAUCAAGACCAAGAAGGUUGAAAAGGUCAACGGAGAUGCCUACGUUAACAUUCGCAAGGCAAAGAUCAUACCAGGUUACGAGAUCAGUGUCUCCCUCUCGUGGGAAGGCGAGGCUCGUGACGCCGACGGCAAAUCCCUCCUCAAGGUCGCUGGCUCCAUUGAGAUCCCUUACAUUGCCGACGAAAACGCCGACGAAGACCCUGAAAUCAAAGUCACUGUCAAGGACGAAGGUCCCAUUGGGAAGAGAUUGAAAGAGGCAGUCGUUUCCAAGGGGAAACCCAUUGUGUGGGAGAAAGUUAGGGUUUAUGUUCAGAGCAUGGCCAAUGGUGGUCCUGCGGCUCCUGCCAAGGAAGAAUUGGAGCUCAAGAAGCCUUCCACUGACAAGUCUUCUUCGUCACCGGCGUCCGCUGCCGCCGCUGCUACUUCUUCUACUCAGACGAAGAAAGAAACGAGUAAGAAAGGGUUCAAAUCGAUUGCUCUGACUGAGAGGUUCCAUUGUCGAUCCGUGGAUUUGUACGACAUCUUGAUGAAUGAGAACAGUUGGAAAUGGUUUAGUCAGAGUAAUGCGAAGAUCAGUAGGGAGGUCGGGGGCCAGUUUAGUCUUUUUGACGGCUCAGUCACUGGGACCAAUCAGGAGUUGCAGGUGGGUAAGCUGAUUGUUCAGAAGUGGAGAUUCGGGAGCUGGGCUGAUGGGAUUCAUUCUACGGUACGCCUAGUAUUUGAUGACUCUCAAUCAGGAGUGACGACUGUCAAGCUGACGCAGAUUGAUAUCCCCGAGGAAGACAGAUAUGGGAACUCCACCGUUGUUGAGAAUACAGAGAAGGGAUGGCGGGACCUCAUAUUCAACAAGAUACGCGCACUUUUUCGUUUCGGAGUCUAAAUUUUUGCACCAAAAGAUGGCACUCAAUGUAGAAUCUUGAAACCAAUCUUCUUGUCUUUUGAGUUUUCGACUGUUAAUUGAAUAUAAAGAUCAAAUGGGAGAUGGAUAUAGAUGUUUGGUGCUAGAUGCUGUGGACAACAAUUGAUUUGCUAUUUCAUGUUACUUCAGAGCACAAUGCUUCUUGACUUGAA